AUGCCCCUCGACAGCAGCAGCACGCACCGGCGCCGCAGCGUCGCCGCACGCCUGGUGCGCCUUGCGGCUGCCGGCGUUGCAGCUGCUCUUGCUGUUGGCACCGCCGCCGCGUGGGCGCACGCCGCCGCGACGCCGCACCGCUGCAUCCACGACAAGCUGCAGGCCCGCGUGCGGGACUCCGCGGCGCACCGCCGCAUGCCACCCAGUGCGGUGUCCGCGGUGGGCCUGCCGUACAUUGCUCUCGAUGCCGCGGACACUGUCGCACGCGCCGCGGACUGGGGCACGCUGCGCAUCGCCGUCUCCACCGCAGACCUCACGGACCCCGACUACCACUGCACUCGCGUCGGGCAGCGUGUGAGCAACCACGCUGACGAGAUCGUCACCUGCACCGCCGAGGACGUGCUCACGGAGGAGAAGCGCGACAUCCUCGUCAGCUACCUCAUCCCGCAGGCGCUGCAGCUGCACGCGGAGCGGCUGAGGGUGAGGCAGGUGCAGGGCAGCUGGAAGGUGACCGGCAUGACGGGCGACGUGUGCGGCGAGUUCAAGGUGCCGAAGGCACACGUCACGGUAGGCGUCAGCAACGCCGACUUCGUGCUGUACGUCGCCUCGGUGCCGAGCGAGCCGGGCGUGCUGGCGUGGGCCACGACCUGCCAGGUGUUCUCGGACGACCAUCCAGCCGUGGGUGUCAUGAACAUCCCUGCGGCGAACAUUGUGUCGCGCUACGACCAGGGCACCACGCGCACCGUGACGCACGAGGUGGCGCACGCCCUCGGCUUCAGCAGCGUGUUUUUCGAGGGCACCGGCAUUGUGAAGAGCGUCACGAAUUUGCGCGGCAAGCCCUUUGCGGCUCCUGUGAUCAACAGCAGCACGGCGGUGGCCAAGGCGCGCGAGCAGUACGGCUGCCCCACCUUGGAGUAUCUGGAGGUGGAGGACCAGGGCGGCUCCGGCUCUGCUGGCUCGCAUCUUAAGGGGCGCAACGCCAAGGACGAGCUCAUGGCGCCUGCCUCGGCUGCAGGGUACUACACUAACCUGACCAUGGCCGUCUUCGAGGACCUCGGCUUCUACAAGGCGGACUUCACCAAGGCCGAGGUGAUGCCGUGGGGCCGGAACGCCAGCUGCGACUUCCUCACGAAUAAGUGCAUGGAGGACAACAUCACGCAGUGGCCGGAGAUGUUCUGCAACACCACGGAGAGGCGGUAUCGGUGCCCCACCGACCGGCUGAGGCUGGGGACGUGCGGUAUACGCACCUAUAGCACCCCGAUGCCGACGUACUUCCAGUACUUCAACGACACAUUCCUUGCAGGCUACUCAGCAUUCCUGGACUACUGCCCGUUUACCCUGGGCUACAGAAAUGGUGCUUGCAAUCAGGACCCAUCGACGGCACCUGCGCUUUUUAAGGAGUUCAGCGUCUUCUCCGACGCGGCGCGCUGCUUGGAUGGCGUCUUCCAGCCGAGGAACAGCACUACUCCUUCCCCUAAGUACAACGGCAUGUGCGCCAAAGUGAAGUGCGACAGAGCCCACCACACGUACAGCGUCCAGGUGCGCGGCAGCAGCGGCUACGUCGCAUGCACGCCAGGCGAGAGGCUGGACCUGGCCACCUUGAGCACCGCCUUCGUGGAAGGCAGCUACAUUAUGUGCCCGCCGUACGUGGAGGUGUGCCAGGCCAACAUCAAGGGAGUCAUAGACUUCGAGGGAGACGCUGCCGACACAGCGGCGAUGCGACGGUGGCGUGAAAGGAUGACUGCAUUGGCCACUGUGACGGCUGCGCUGCUGGGGAUAGUGCUCGCUGCCAUGGCAGGCCUCGCGGUGUGGCUGCUCCUUAUCACCAUCCCCUGA